AUGUCGAGUCGGGUAAUGACGGAAACCAGGACGCUGGAGAAAUGGAGAGUCAACCAUGGAGGCGGGGUGAUCUCCGGUGCCCAACACGUGGAGGAUAAGAAAAGUGUCAUGGAGCGAUUUGGUGUACGCCUGCUGAUCGAUAGUAAUACCCUUGUUAUGUUGUCGGAUGCGAAGGCCGACAAGAUGAGAAGCAAUGCCUAG